AUGUCCACUUCCACGACCAAGGUCACGGCCCACACCGUCGAGGUCAACGGGUAUACCUUCUCGUACCGCGAAAGCGGACAAGGUCAAGGCGAACCCCUGGUCCUCCUACACGGGCACAUCAGCGACCAGCGCGCCUGGGACGAGCUCGAGCCCCGGCUCGCCACCCGCUUCCACGUCUACAACUACAGCCGCCGGUUCGCGUGGCCGAACAGACCGAUCCGCGACGACGAACGGUGUCCCUGGGAGCAGGACGCGCUGGAUCUCGCAGGUCUGAUCGAGACGUGGGGUAUUAGCCCCGUGCACGUGCUGGCCAAUUCCUCGGGGGCAGUCAUCUCGCUGUACACGGCCAAGACGCGACCCCAGCUCUUUCGCACGUUGAUGGUCGAGGAGCCGCCUCUCGUGGGGCUCUUCCUGCCAUCACUACCCCCUUCACUGCCCUCAUUGCUGUCCUUCCUCGUUUGGCACCCUAUCACGUUCUGGCCCGUCAUGCACUUCGCCACUACGACGACUGGGCCCGUCAUCGCGCUCUGCAAGGAAGGGAAUUACCACGAGGCGAUCGACACGUUCUGCAGCGGCGUCAUCAACGCCAGGUACUGGCCUCGACUGCAGCGGAAUCCGGACCGCAAGCGCCAGGUCGAGGAUAACGCCAAGUGGUUGUGUCAGUUCUUCAGGUACAGCGCCGUGCCGAAGUAUGGGCCGGAGGAUGCGCAGCGGCUGAAGGUGCCGGCGCUGGUCAUGGCGGGGAAGGAGAGCACGGCACAUCAGCGAUACACGGCCGCCGAGCUGUACAUGGUUCUUGGGAGUGGGAGGAAAAGGAUCGCGUAUAUCGAUGACGCGGCACAUCUCAUGCAUGAAGACAAUCCGCAGAGGGUGUUCGACGAGGUGGUGAGUUUCGUGUUCGAAGAUGCAGCGAAGUGA